AUGCUCUUACCAUCUACCCAAGCCCUCUAUUGCUUGGUUAUUAAACCUGGACACGGUUUAAUCAGUGAACGUUGUUCACACUUUGCCGUGGCAUGCCGAGUACGCGUAGAAAAUGACGCCAUCGUAUGGUACACGUCAAAAUUAUACGACCGUAAUCAAUUAGCGUGCGUUAUGCGAAAUGAAUAUGGCACGCUUGAUCGAUCAGGUUGCAUCAAGAAAUCAUCCGGAAGUGUCCGAUGUUGGUGCUAUGGUCAAAGUAAUUGUAACAGUCCACAAAACAUGAUCAAAUUAUACGAUGCAUUUAAAACGGGUGAUUCGGUGUUACUUGAUGAGGUCAUCGAUGACAUCGAAACAUCAGAUACCAAUGAUUAUGAAGAUGAAUCCGGAAUAGAAACUACUUCUAUUCGAAUUAGUACCACAAAAUAUGUUACGGAAAAUGUUAAAAAUAAGCCAACAUUACAAAUAUUUGAAAAGGAUCAUCGCAAAGUUGUAACAAAAGAUUAUCCCAUGGCAUUAUCAUCCAUUUCAAUGCAAAUCGAUCAUACCAAUCAGCAAAAUGUUCACAAAUAUCAAAAUUCUGACUCAAAAAUGAGACAAUCAAUAAAAACAACCGAAAUUUUGCCAACAGUUACUGAUAAAUUAAAUGAAACUAUGGAAUAUUCAAAUAUGAAACAUUCUCAAAAUCAAAAUGAGAGGAAAAUUCGGCAUAAAGAAGUUGCCGGAUCAGGCGUUAAGUCAUUACGUAAACUGGAAAUAUUACGUGAUACAAUUGCUUUACUUUUAUUUUCAUUCAUAAUGUUCUAA